CCGGGCCACCCACCCCACACCCAAGUGCGGAGUUGCACGCGAAACGCUUCCCGAAUUGCUCAUCUUUUCCACACCAUGCAUGAGCUUCUGCUCUUCGGUCAGGUGCCCCCAUCGCGCCAUGAGCAGCUGCUCAACAUCCUCGCCGGUAUCGCUGGCAUGCAACCUCAGCGCUCCAUCCAGCGCCAUGUAGUCUACAAACCCCAGCGCGCCCCGAUGCGCCGCCAGUACGCCCAGGGUGCCAGCCAGAACCUGCCCACCAACCAGCGCCAGCAAGCCCAGAACCCCCUCACCAAGGACCAAUACUACUGGCAGAUUGUCAGAGACGUCCACGAGGCCGACUUUGAAAACGGCCCCGACGCGCCCAGGAAUGGAGACCAGAAGGGCUGGGCGACGCUGUUCCAGGACGUGCCAGAACCGGGCAAGAGACCCGCGAACCUGCGGUGGACGCAGACUACUGACAUCUCGUCGGGGAACGCACACGCUUUCAUGAAAGCCAGUCUAUACAGGUAUGUCUCCGAAUACGUCGACGAAGGCUACCAGUUAGUCCACAAGAAUGCAGUCAUUCUAUUGCACCGCAUAUUGCGUUUCCCCAACCCCGAUCCGUCCAUAGACCAUCCUUUGGAGAAGCUUCCGCCAUUCAACAACCUUGAGCCUUUGGACAAAAGCGGCGGUUACGUGCUCCAAGUGACCGUCACAUUACAGGAUGGAUACAAGCCGGAGACGCUCGAGAAAGGCAAUGCUGAAAUAAUGGCGUUCAAAAACCUCAUGAAAGGUGUCGUGGAACUCGACGCUGCAGACAGGCUGGCCAUGGACACCCGAGUCAAGCCCAUGACUGAAGAAGAGGAAAUUGCGGCCGAGAGAGCGGCAAGAGAGCAAGCACAGGCACAAUCGCAGGCGGUGCCACCGUGAGAGGAACGCAACACAUGGCGAAGUCGACAUCUGUCAGGGGAUCAACAUGCUCUGGUGGGUCGUGAACAGCGUGAUAUGAAGGCUGUGUUGGUCCGCUAUAUGAAGUGGUGGCCGAAGUCGGCAUGAGACUCGUUUCGACAUCGAUCUGGAGCGGGGAGCACCAUGAGAUCCAAACAUGCAAACCCGGUGCGAAGCGUAACGUUUCGCUCUCAGAGCAUCAACUCCAAGGAUUCGAUAGCACUUAAACCACAAGAAUUGUGCGACGGUAAGCAAGCGGGAAUUGCUCUACCAUAAUAAUUAGCCAUAUAAAUGAAACAUGCCCACGGAAGG